GUUGUCGCCUACGUUAGCCAACCAAAUUGAUGCCGACUCGUGUUUUUUUAUAGUUGUCGAUUGCAUUUUUCCAAUUUUGAAAAGAAACCAAGUCAUUUCUCAGACAAAACUAUGGCUGACGUUUUGGAUAUUGAUAAUGCCGAAGAGUUUGAAGUAGAUGAGGAUGGUGAUCAGGGAAUCGUCCGUCUCAAAGAGAAGGCAAAACACCGCAAAGGCAGAGGUUUUGGCAGUGAAACCACAACGCGUGAAACAAUUCAUCAAUAUGAACGUGUACGUCAUGAAGAUGACGAUGAACUAGAACCCGGCCCACAACGUUCAGUGGAGGGUUGGAUUCUGUUUGUAACAAAUAUCCACGAAGAAGCCCAGGAGGAUGAAAUACAAGAGAAAUUCUGUGAUUUCGGUGACAUCAAAAAUAUCCACUUGAAUUUGGAUCGGCGAACGGGUUUCUCCAAGGGCUAUGCUUUGGUCGAAUUCGAAACACACAAACAGGCCUUGGCCGCAAAAGAUGCUUUAAAUGGUGCAGAGAUAAUGGGUCAAGCUAUACAGGUCGAUUGGUGCUUUGUUAAGGGUCCCAAACGUUUGAAGAAAUCAUCAGAAAAAAGGCGUCGUUGAAAAGAGGAAUCGAAUCACAGGAUCAACGGCAAUUUUAUGACUAAAACUGUAUUUUACAUUAAUAUUUAAGACUUUUGCAUUCACUCAACUCUGGUAAAAAAAAGUUCAUGCAUCUACAUAUAUAAGUGAACCAUUGCAAAUAUCGUAAAUAUAGUUAAAUUAUAAAAACGAUGAAGAGACGCUACAAUGAAUUUUGAACAAAUAUUAACAUUUUGUAAUGUUAUAUGUACCUACAAAAGAAAAAAAAUAAAAUGAAGCUCAGAUAACACCAUGUA